AGAAAGACCCCCUGGAUACCUCCACCAUCAUCUUCUCUGUGCUCUGAAAGGAAAAGAGUCAUCAUGCAGCCAGCUCAGGCCGGGGUGUCCUUCGAGGAGGUGGCCGUGUAUUUCACCCUGGGCGAGUGGACCCUGCUGCGCCCAGCCCAGAGGGCUCUCUACAAGGAAGUCAUGCUGGAGAAUUUUGGGAACGUGGCCUCUCUGGGACCUCUGAUUGCCAAACCUGACCUCAUAUCCUGGCUGGAAGAAGAGGACGGGCUGUGUCUUCUGGGCUCUGAUGAAGAGGAGGGAUCGGCAGCAACAGAUGUGCGGCAGUCAAUGAGUGAAGCAGGAGAACACCCAUUGAUAGAAAUCGAGGAGCCGUGUGCAGUUGUGAAAGAGGAGUCUGAAGAUUUGGAUGCACUGAGGAAGGAGGAAGGAAAAUGCGCGCCUAAACGGAGGAAUAAUUAUGGUCUUUUACAGGAGGGUGACUCUCUAUUGCAAAAGAUUUGUCAAGGAGACAACGGAAAUGCAUGCACUGCAAGCAGGAAACGUUUCACUGAAAUAUCAGUUAUUAAUCUUGAACAAAGGAUGUGUAAGGGAAACAAAGUAUAUGAAUGCCUGAAGAGUGGGGAAAAUGUUGGAAGAAAAGAUAACCUCAUCUUCAAUCGAAAAAUUCACGAAGGGGAGAAACCAUACAAAUGCCAGGAUUGCGGGAAAAGCUUUGGUAAAAGUAGCAAUCUUAUUUCCCAUCAAAGAACUCACACAGGGGAAAAACCAUACAAAUGCCUGGAGUGUGGGAAAAGCUUCAACCAGAGUGCGCACCUUACUUCCCAUAAAAAAAUUCACACAGGGGAGAAACCAUACAAAUGCAUGGAGUGUGGGAAAAGCUUUGGUCACAGUAACACUCUUACUUCACAUCAAAGAAUUCACACAGGGGAAAGACCAUACAAAUGCCUGGAGUGUGGGAAAAGCUUCAGGCGGUGUGACACUCUUACUUCUCAUCAAAGAAUUCAUUCAGAGGAGAAAUCAUACAAAUGCCUGGAGUGUGGGAAAGGCUUCAGUCUCAGUUCUGGUCUAGCUACCCAUCAAAAAAUUCACCUAGGUGAGAAGCCAUAUCACUGUCUUCAGUGUGGACGGAACUUCCAUGUGAAAACACAUCUUGUUUCCCAUCAGAGAAUUCACACAGGGGAGAAGCCAUACAUAUGCCUGGAAUGUGGGAAAAGUUUCAGACAGAGUGCACAUCUUUCCUCCCAUCAAAGAAUUCACACAGGGGAAAAGCAGUACAAAUGCCUGGAAUGUGGAAGAGGCUUCAGACAGAGGGCACAUCUUACCUCCCAUCAAAGACUUCACUCAAGGCUGAAACCAUACAAAUUCCUGGACACUGGGAAAAACUUCAAUCAGAGGUCCAGUCUAACUUGCCAUCAAAUAAUUCACAAAGGAGAGAAACCAUAUAAAUGCUUGGAGUGUGGGAAAAGCUUCAGUAGGAGCGAUGUUCUUACUGUGCAUCUAAGAGUUCACACAGGAGAGAAACCAUAUAAAUGCCAGGAGUGUGGGAAAAGCUUCAGUGAGAGUGGACAACUUACUUCCCAUCGGAGAAUUCACACAGGGGAAAAACCAUAUGCAUGCCUAGAGUGCGGGAAACGCUUCAGUCACGGUGGAAGCCUUACUUCCCAUCGAAGAACUCACACAGGGGAGAAACCAUAUAAUUGCCUAGAGUGUGGGAAAAGUUUAACUCGGCGUUCCGGCCUUACUUACCAUCAAAGAAUUCACAAAGGAGAGAAACCAUAUAAAUGCCAGGAGUGUGGGAAAAGCUUCAGUGAGAGUGGACAACUUACUUCCCAUCGGAGAAUUCACACAGGGGAAAAACCAUAUGAAUGCCUAGAGUGCGGGAAACGCUUCAGUCACGGUGGAAGCCUUACUUCCCAUCAAAGAACUCACACAGGGGAGAAACCAUAUAAUUGCCUAGAGUGUGGGAAAAGCUUAACUCGGCGUUCCAACCUUACUUACCAUCAAAGAAUUCACACAGGUGGGAAAUGAUAGAAAUUCUUGGAGUGUGGGAAAAGCUUCA